CAGACAUUCUAUUGGGCGAAGGGCAGUCCGGAGCUUACCUGUUGCUAGGAUACGGGAGGGCACUGGGCGGUACGAUGAGAAUAGCGCGCGAGUGUUGAAAGAGCGGGAUCUGUGUUCAGAGAGAGGGCGGGAGAGAGAAUGACUUGUGAAACUCAACACGUUGAAGAUAUUCAGGAUGUCCUGUCUGUCAUGCAGAAGACUUUGGAGUGUCCCAUAUGCUUGGACCUAAUGAAGGAGCCUGUUGCUACCAGAUGUGAUCAUAUAUUUUGCAGGUUUUGCAUGUUGCAACUUCUUGGCAGAAAAAAGAAAGGCCGAGCCCAAUGCCCCAUGUGCAAGAAAGAAGUUACUAAAAGAAGCCUCCAGGAAAGCCCCAGGUUCAAACUGCUGAUUGACGGCUUAAAGAAGAUUAUCAAUGCUUUUGAACUAGAUUCUGGAUACAAAUUUUUUCCAAGUCAAGAUCAUGCCAAGAAUAUCUUAAUGACCUGUAAUGAGAGCAAGAAGAAGGAGGAACAAACUGUGGUGCAAAGCACAGGGUAUCGAAACAGGAAAAGAACUGUACAAAGGGGGAAAUGUGAAGACCACACAGCCCUAUUGGAAACCAGUAUUGACACACUGUUAACAAGAGAUGCAGGGACUGAGAGCUGUAACAGACUUAAACGCAAAAAGCAAGAGACAAAUAAUGUGAACAGCAAGAGACCACUAAUUACAGAGUUUGAGUCUGACUAUUCUGAAGAUGAUUUAUUCAAGAACGUCGGCAGCUUGGGAAAUGAUUGUGGUAAAUCUUAUCCGCAAAGUGAAUUGGGAGAAGAUGUGGAUGAAGACCUGAAGAUCUGUGAAAAUACUUCAUUAAAACCAGAAACGGAUGAGGUGGUGGCAUCAGAUCUAGCUGAAUAUGGAUUUUCUGAAAGAGACCUUGAAAGCACAAGAAGCAAUUUAUUAUGUAUGGAUAGUACAAGAGCCUUAAAAGAAGCAGCUUCUAAAAAGAGGUCCUCCAUUGACUUGGCAGAUAGGAAAGCUGAACAAAGCCUCCUUGGUUACCUUGAUGAGCACAAUGAUCAAGCAGGAUCCAUCGGUCAAUCAAAGAAGCAUGUUCAUGAUGAAAGCCAAAUUUUAAAAAUGUCUUUUGAUAAUCAGUAUGAUAAAGAUGACUCUGUCCCUGAGGAGAUGACUAGUACUCAGAGCAGUCCAAGAUGCAUGCCAAAUGCAGUCCCUAGAAAAAGACUGAAGAGAAGUAUUCAAAGAGUGAAUGAGUGGAUUCAGAAAACCUCAGAGUUUUUAAAUGCUACACCAUGGGAUGAAGAAUUGCUUUCUGAAGUUUUUCCUGAAUUUGAUGAUGUAUCUGACAAGGGUUCCUGUAUGUCUGAUGAGACUGAAAUUAUGACAGCAUUCUGCCCCAAUACUGAGUCAGAUGCUGUAGAUAAGACGGUUAACGUUCAAGACAAGGUUUUUGGCAAGGUAUACAGAAGAGAGAAAAAGUCAAACACUAUGCCCAAAAUAACUGUCUUUGCCAGUGUCCAUGUUGAUGGUGUUGCUGAUUCUCGAAAGACAAAUAAGAUUCCAAAAAGGUCAACAAGUGGUCUCCAACCAGAAGACUUCAUUAGGAGGGUAGAAACAACUGAGGAGAUUUCUUACACUAAUGAUGGAGUGGUUGCAAAGGACAUUGUAAUAAAUACUGAGAAAAAGGAUUCUAAAUAUCUAAACAAUGAUAAAUCAAAUGCACAGGAAGCAAAACUAAAGACUCAAAAUAAGUCUCUAAAAAGAAAGUCUGAAUGUUCCCUGAUAUUAGUUAAAAGUUCAGGUCUUGGCAUGGACAAUAAACAUAGUCUUUCUCACUUAUCAGAAAUAAAUAUUAAUUCAUAUCCCAGCAGCAAUGAAUCAGGACAUGAGGAUAACCAAAGAAAUGUGAGACGAAGUAGGAGACUUAAUGUGUUGUCAAAAAGUGUGGUACCCUCUCUGAACAAAAAAACGGCAAGGACCAGUGGCAAAGCAAUUAAAGAAAUUAAGACGGCCUGUGGCCAUCCUGUUACUGAAACUGUUUUUCAAGUGAAACAAAUGUGCACUACUUUCAAUGAGUCAGAAGACCAAAUAACCAAUAUUUUAACACCUAAUGGGAAAGUAGUCCCAUUUGUGACAGAUGUUGAAAUUCACCCUGCUCACCCAGAAUGUGAAACUUAUGAUGUCAGCAUUAAAGAUUGCUGUAAUAUGCAAACGGAGGCUGUGGGAAAUGUUUUAAGUGUUGAGGAUAUUGACUCAGAUGCUGACACUCAGCACUUGCUGAAAGCCUUCAAAAGUGCUAAAAGAAUGUCCUUCAAACUAGAUUCAGUUACUGAAAUUGACAAUAAAGAACAUUCUAAUCUUGUAAACCUAUCUGACACCAAAGGCAACUUACCAAAUCAGGCUGGAAUUGCAUUAACAGUGUCUGAGGAACAGGAACAAGUGAUUCACACCAAUCAGUCUAUUCUUUCAAAUGGCAACAGCCUUGGUAAAUUUAAUGUUGGUGGAGAAGCAAUUCAACAGGACAGUCAUAUCCAGAAUUUGCCUGCAAAUCUAAGAUUUGAUAACAAAAAUUGUGAGGAGAACGCACACAUGCCUGAAAAGAAAAGUAUGUUAAGUGCCGGGCAGCUGGAUGUUUCUAACCCAGUUAAUGAAACUACACUCUGCAAAGAAAGCAACCGGAAAAUAAACUCUAUUGCAAGAAAAAGUGAGGUACUUGAGUUGUGUUCAGAGAAUGAUACAACGACUCGUUACCCUAUAAUUGCUCAUCAAAGUCCUUCAGUGAGGAGAGUAGACACUAGAAGUGCGACCACUCGAGGAGAAAAUAAACAAGUAAAGAAAGAUUGUUUUCAGGAACAAAAUUUUGAUGAACAAGUAACUCAAAUACCUUCUGAUAACAGAUCUCAAGGUUCAGUGAGAGAGAAAUUGCUACAGCAUUCAGUGUCUCAUCACAGUAGCCCUCUCAAAAGUUCUGAGGCUACCUCAGAUACACCUGAUGGAAUAUUGGGCAUUACAGACAGGCUUGGAGAAAAGCACAGUUUUUGUGCUGAAGUGGAAAAAUCCUUUGUUUUUGCAAAAGAGCAAAAGGUUGGAGUUUCUGAUAGUACCAAGUCUCCAAUCAAUGAAUCACAGCUCAUUAAAAAGAAGAAAGGAAGAGCACAGAAGUUGGAGUCCUCUGAAGAAGAAUCAAGUGAAGAUGAAGAGUUGCCUUGCUUUAAUAAUUUUUUGUUUGGCAAUGCAUCAAACUUGGCUGCUCAGAAAUGUGCCUCUUCUGAUUCCUCACCAAAGCAGCAAGGAGGUGGGGUUUUGGCCAUGUUUAGUAGUUACAGUACAAGUGGUAAAACUCAGACAAGUUUGAACUUCCCUAGAGAAACGUUAUUAGGAAGUCAGGAGUCUGUGAAUUUGUUUUCUUCCCAAUCAAAUACAUCUGAUCAUUCUACAAAUAUAACUACUGAUCAAGAGCUCAAGCACAACCAGUCACAACCAGAGUGCCAUGAGAAUAAUUCCAAAAGAAAUGGUGAUACAAUCUACAGUAAUGGACAAGGGCAGACAGACUAUGAGAUAGCAGAUAAUUUUUAUGAAGACACAUGCAAAGAGCAAAACUUAGAUGAAGUUUCUGAAUGUGAGAGUGAAGCCAGUCACACUGGUGACUCCUCAGGUCUGUCUUCUCAAUGUGACGUAUUCAAUACACAGCAGCGGGAUGCUUUGCGGAACAAUUUAGAAAAAAUCCAAGAGGAAAUGGCUGCUCUGGAAGCCAAACUGGAACAGCACAAUGCACAAAGCCCUUCAUCUGAGAAGAAGCAAACCUCCACAGCUGAGCUUAACACAAUAAGACUGCAGGAGACAUGCCAGAAACAAACAGACCAUGGAGCAAACAAAUCACCUGAUUGUGUUCCAGAGACUGAUGUGCAACCUUUGAAGAGUGUUGAGCAACCAGUUGACUUUGGUAUAGGGUUAAGAUCACCUACCCCUCCACCUAGUCCAUCCCAGACAAAAUCACGAAUGGAAACUCCAGAGAAAGUUCGUUCCACCUUCUUGUUGUUGAAAGAUUUAGAAAGUGCCCUUACACAGGAGGAGUCUAAUAAAUUGGAACAGUCAGCGGAAUGCAGUACAUCCACAAAGAGGCCAGAUGCAUGUAAACCCCCAUCAACUAGUCUAAAUCAAGCUACAGCCUCCCCAAGAAGAAGCCUGCGAAGUACAACUCAGAGUAAUGGAGCCAUGAACAAAAUUUCCACUAACAGACAAAGGGAUUCUACGGAGGUUAAACGGCAGCAGCAAACAAAUAUUGGUGGUAUUAAGAGAAGCUCAUCUCCUACAUUCACAUCACCUAUAAGAACUAGAAAGGGUUCAGCAUCAAGCAAGAUUCCUGUAGUACCUAAUAGGAGAAACUUUUCCAUUGUGGCAUCAGGCCUUAGUCAGAGUGAGCUGAUGCUGGUACAGAAAUUUGCAAGGAAAACCCAGAGCAUCCUUACUGGUGAGGUGUCAGAAUCAACCACUCAUGUCAUCAUAAAAACAGAUGAAUAUCUGGUGUGUGAAAGAACAUUGAAGUAUUUCCUGGGAAUAGCUGCCAGAAAAUGGGUGGUAAGCUAUGACUGGAUUGCACAGUCUUUCAGAGAGGGAAGAAUCCUUGAUGAGUACGACUUUGAAGUGAAGGGAGAUGUGAUCAAUGGAAGAAAUCACAGAGGCCCCAGAAGAUCUAGACUAGGAUCAGAUGGACUGCUGCUGUCUGAUUAUGAGAUUUGCUGUCUGGGAAGUUUCAAAGAUAUGAGUCGAGAAAAUCUGGAAUGGAUGGUGUCCCUAUGUGGAGCGUCCUUUGUAAAGGAGCCUCAGAUGUUUAAACAUAAGGAGGGAACCACAUCUCUUGUGGUUGUGCAACCGGAUGGGAAGUCAGACUACACAGCUAUGCGAAAGAGGUACCGUGCUCUGGUUGUAACACGCGAAUGGGUACUGGACAGUGUAUCCAGCUAUAAGCUCCAGACAUUCGACAAUUACCUCGUUUGAAAGAUGCAAGUAAAGACAAUCUUCAUAAGAGACUGAACCACCAUUUGUUUCUGUAUGCAUAACUUCAAGUAAACCUGUCACAUAUCUUAAUGCUAAAAUACUACAAUGUUUCAAUGUUCAGUUAAAAUUGCAAAACCCACAGAUACUCAAUCUUAUCAUCCAUAAAAUGGAUAGCAAGCCAUUCUAUACGAAGCGACCUUCAUAUCAGACAUAGGUUUUAGAUUUCACAUAAACUGUGUGCUUUAUACUUAAUUUUUUAAGCAUAUGAUGUUUACAUGUACAAUGUAAGCGCCACAGCUUUCCCUUUUAAACUUUGAGAUGAUGUGUUUCAAAUUAAAGUAAUGUACUGUUAAGUAUAAACCUACAAGGAUUUCUACUUGUUCAGGCAAAUAUAGUAACCCAUACUAGCCAAUAAAAACAUUUUUCAUUGUUCUGAAUGCUGAAACAUGUUGAAGUAUUGUACUAUGAGAAACUGUAUCUCGGCUCUUUUAAAAAUGUUAUGCCCCAAUAUAGGAUUGUAAAUUAGUUAUAUGAAAGGACUUUUACUUGUGUCUGAUGCUUUCCUCUUUCCUGCAGAUUUUAUUGCCAUGGAUCAUGCUGCUAAAUUCUGGUUUUGUAAAUAGUGUUUAUAAUAUGUUACUGUACAGUUUCAGUGUUUUGUAAAACUACCUUAAAUAAAUAUUUGAAAUACUA